AUAUAUAUAUAACAUCAUAGAAUCAGUAUUUCUUAUAUUGCAGACAAGUUGAUCAGUGCUAGCUGGAUGACUAAUUAGUUGGUCAACGUAUAAUAAAUAUUAUCGAACUCGAGGGUCUUGCUGCGCAAGUUUUCCAAGAUUAACUUAAUCAAAUUUUGAGUUUGUUCUACGGGUGCACUAGAAUGCAUUUUUAGAAUAAAAACUUCAUGGAUACUUAAUUUCUUUUCAUUUCACAAAAUGUUCACCAGUUACAAUAAAAACAAAAAAGAAUAUUUCAACCAUUCCAGUUCCAAAAGAAUAACAACAACAUUCAUAUGAAAAAUCAUUCCACAUCAAAAUAGUUUUGGAAUCAGUGUCGGUCCGAAGAGAAACAUUACAAGCACCCUACAGCCCAAAAAAAUACUUGCAUAAAUCAGUUUUUUGAAAAAAAAAUUAUCUAUAAAAUUUAUAAAAGUGGCCAAUUUUUUUAAAAAAAAUUGUUUGUAGUUAUUUUUUAUGUCAGGACUGGGACUGUCUCGAAUAAGUGGAAUAAUAAUUUCAUUCCAUUGGAUUCCAUUGAUUAUUAUUCCUUUAGUUCCACUUAUUCUUUUUAUUAACAUCCAGUUACAGCCAUAGUUGUUAUGCUAUAAUAUUGUCAACUAUAAACGAGCUUAAGGAAUCUUUUCUAAUCAAUUUUCAUUCCAAAAUUAUAGGCAUUGGGUUCAAGUCCAUAUUGGAAAUGGCAUGCUCAAUCAUCAAGUCAUGAACAAGCUUGUUCUGAUCUGUGAACAAGUUGCAUCGUACGUAUCAUGAUUAAUAUUAUUAGUUAACGAGCGUCCGGUUGCCCCAAAAAAAAAGUUAAUUAACGUCUUUUUCAGUGCUCACAUACAGCUUUUUGGUGGGUGACCGCGUGUAUGGAUAUGAAUGGGGAGCAUGAUUUUUUGAUCGUGCGUCACACUAAUAUGAAUACCAAAACAUGAUCUUUUAUUAUUCACUUGUGAUGAUAACAUUUUUAAAUUCUUCAUUACUCGUUAACAUUUUCUUAUAAAAACCCCAUUUGAUGUAAUAAUUCUCCUUAUUCCACUUGAACACACAAAACACAACUAGCGUAAGGCAAAAGACAGGUAUGCUCUCUACAAUGGCGAUAAAAAGCACCUCCUUGGCCAUUUGCCUCUUCUUUUCUCUGGCCACCAUAGCCACUGCUUACUACUCUCCCUCAUCUCCUCCGGUUCACCAAUCACCAGAAUACAAACCCACGCUUUCCCCUCCGGUUUACAUCCCCAAGCCUACACUCCCACCUCCAGUUUACACUCCACCAGUUUACAAGCCAACCCUUCCACCUCCAGUCUACACUCCGCCGGUUUACAAGCCAACUCUCCCUCCUCCGGUCUACAAAAAGUCUCCUAGCUAUCCUCAUCCUUCAUAUGUCCCAAAACCAACAUACACUCCACCCACCAAGCCAUAUGUCCCAAAACCAACCUACUCUCCACCCACCAAGCCAUAUGUCCCAAAGCCAACCUACACUCCACCCACCAAGCCAUAUGUUCCAAAACCAACAUACACACCUCCCACCAAGCCAUAUGUCCCAAAACCAACCUACUCUCCACCCACCAAGCCAUAUGUCCCAAAGCCAACCUACACUCCACCCACCAAGCCAUAUGUCCCAAAGCCAACCUACACUCCUCCCACCAAGUCAUAUGUUCCAAAACCAACAUACACUCCUCCCACCAAGCCAUAUGUCUCAAAGCCAACUUACACUCCUCCCACCAAGCCAUAUGUUCCAGAGAUUCUUAAAGUUGUUGAUGGCAUCAUUCUUUGCAAAAACGGUUAUGAAACCUACCCAAUUCAAGGAGCAAAGGCAAUGAUUGUGUGCUCCGAGCCAGGAUCAUACGGGAAGAAAGAUGUUGUGAUCUACAGCGAUCCAACUGGCUCUAAGGGGUACUUCCACGUGGCCUUGACCGACAUCAUCAAGAACCUACUUCAUUGUCGUGUCAAGCUCUACACAUCUCCGGUUGAGACUUGCAAGAACCCGACCAAUGUUAACAAGGGUCUCACUGGAGUUCCAUUGUCGAUGUACGGACACCGUUACCACUCUGACAAGAACUUGAAGAUCUUUAGCGUCGGACCUUUCUACUUCACCGGUCCCAAAGCAGCCCCCACCACUCCCAAAUACUGAUGAUCACAUUAAUAUGGUGAUGAUCUUGCAUGCAUUAUAUAUGAGGUCACUUUGAUCAAUUUAUUGUUUGGAAACUUUUCCCUUCUUCGAAAUGUUCUUUUGUUUCUUUGUACUAAUUUCAUUUGGUUCGUUGCAUUACCGAUGCAAUCUUUUUUCUUGGUUAUGAUAUUUUUGCAAUUGUAUUUGAUAAAAUUAUCUGAGGAACGUCUUUGUUUGAUCUU